AUGACGUCGGACUCGACAGUAUAUCGUCCAACUGAGUCCCUUAUCCUUCCGAGUAAACGACGCUUCAUCCCGUUCCGUAUCCCGAAUUUCCAUACACAACUGCGCCACUACAUUAGCACUGCCGAUCCGGAUCGCAUCUAUGUUGUCGUGGAAAGGGUCGUCUACGCAAUCCAUAUCUCUUCGCAAAAGAGGGAAAGCAUAGCUGUUAUCCCGUUUGAGCCGCGCUGUCUGGCGGCUGGGUAUGGGUGGAUCGCUGUGGGGGGCCCGGAAAAUGGUGAAUGUGCCUUUAUCAGAACGGAUGAUCGGGGCGGACAACCGCAUGGACAGGCGCCGUCCCACUCAUCGGAUGUUGACAGUGCGCUCCCACUUGACUUUGAAUCUUCACCUGGGUUGCAAUCUUCGCCUGGGCUGCCUUCUCCAGAUGCCACAAACAGCGAAGCCACACCCCUACGUCGCGGCACCCGGAGAUGGAUGCCGGAGUUCGAGUUGCAUAAAUUCGGCGGCAGUAUCGUGAACUCUGUGACGAUUCACCAAUUUCCAAGUGAUCGCGAGGGAAUAGCAAGUGAGGAUGUGAUGGUUGUCAGCAACAAUGACCGAACGGUGACCCUUUACUCCUUGACGAGUGCCAAGGUCCUGAAGGUCCUCCACCACUCUACAUGCAUGAACUACGCAAUCAUAUCCCCGGAUCAUACAGUCCUCACAGCAGUGGGGGACGAAAAUCGGAUAUACUUCUACAGUGUGGCUCGAGACUGGGACUCACUAGUAACAACUGAAUCAGGUACAAAGCUCAGCGGCUGGAACUUGGAACUAUUGCGCUGCAUUGAGAUUAGUAUCGGGUCACGCCCGGAUGACGCUUGCUGCUUCACAAUCGCAUUCUCUCAGUCAAGUCACCUAUGUGCAGUAGGAUCUCAGUCUGGCUUCGUGACAGUGCUCGAUAUGGACCGCGUUCGGAAUCUGAAUGACGACGAGCCUGUCAUCAACCAAUUCAAGUCCUCAAGAUCCUGCAUUGAAGGCGGUGCCGUGCGAUGCAUGACUUUUGCCCCCGAGCCUUGGGAUCUAUUGGUGUGGCUCGAGGGCCACGGAAGGGCUGGCGUUGCUGAUGUACGACAGUCUUUCUUGCGUAGGCAAAUCCUGACCUUGGACCCCGACGACCCCGACCUUCAAGAGGUUCGCACUGUGCCCCUACUCGCCAGUUUUGAUGACAGUCCCUCUGAUGAUGACCUGGAAAUCACGGCUCGACUCGGCUUUGCCGCUGAAGAAGUUCAGCAUGGCGGAGAUGGAGAUGGCCAUGGACGGUUUUCAUCGCGAGAGAGUAUGCUGAAUGACCUGACUGCACGUGAGCGGUUGAUCAUGCAAUUUCUCAACACGGCGCGAUGGAACGCUAGAGAGGAUACAGGAGUUGUUGACAGAGGCGAGACGACCUCUAGAACUCCUUUGCACCUCUCUCAAACAUCACAAAGCCGCAGCUAUGGUGCCACCGAAGAUCUUGGAAACGGAGCCCGACACCUGUCCUCGAUUCAUCAAGCAGAUACACCGGGUAACCCUCAGGGCAGUCAGUAUAGUCGACCAAGUACGGCAUAUCUUUCACCACGCAGUGGCCGCCGCAGCUCGGUCAUUCUGCCACAAAGCAGCGGUUCACCCGAAUUAGAUGCGUCCAACCACGAUCCUCGCAACAGCAGCAGCGGCCAUGGCUGGACUUCCUCCCGGUCGGAUCAGCCUGGUGACGCUGUCAAUCGUUUCGCUGCAGACAGUGAUUAUGGUCUCCGCGAACUGGAAGCGCAUGGCAUGACUGCUCCGCAACCCUCAGAGCCACUCACACCCACUAGCGUUGAUAUCCGACGAUCACGUCCGCCACGGUCAAGUUCAAUCCCUCGCCCCGUUGAGCGAAGCCAGGCCAGACCAGUCUCAGGAGUUGACGGCAGGCAGGAGACAUCAAGACCGUCGAACUAUGAUAUCAGAGCAAACAUCGCGGCUGAACGUAUACGUCGUCAACGCCAGAUUGCCAACGAAAUGCAAAAUCGUGCGAUCACCGAGCGCGGACAUCGGGAACAGCGGACGCGCCAACAAAUCCUUGGCUUUGAGCAAAACCACUCUCCCCGUUGGGUUCGCAACAUCAUUAACGAUCUCCCCGAUCGCAGCUUCAUCCACGGCCCCGGGGCUGAAGAACCUGACGCUACAGCCGGCGUGGGCUGGGGUGCAGACGGAAGAACACUUUACAUUGCGACACUCGAAGGAAUUUUCGAGUUUCAGCUGAACAUCCAUGACCGCAAAACAUUCCCCAUUCUCUCCUACAGAUAA